AUAUAAUCAAUCUGUAGCAAUUGUAACAAAGACUGAAAUUUGGUAAACAAGAAAAAGAAAAGAGAAGAAAAGAGAAAGAAAAGAAGAGGGCCUUCAGCCCUCUGCCUCCCCUAUCUAUGCCUCCUUCCAGAUCUUGAUUUCAAUCCAUUAAUCCAACGGUCCUUGAUCAUUUGGAGGUGGUUUGGAUUUUGGGUGCUGUUGAUUUUCGAUCUGUUGAAGAUCAGAUGCUCUGCUGUUGAACCAAAUUUAAAUAAAUAUAUAUAUAUAAAAAAAUAAAUUGAAAUUAAAAAAAUAGCCAAUUUCUCAUCUGCAGGUUUCUGUGGUAUUUUAUUUCUCAAAGAGAAUGGAGAUGGAGCCUGGGAAGCUGUUCAUCGGAGGGAUUUCGUGGGACACGAGCGAAGAGAGGCUCAGAGAGUAUUUCGAAACGUUUGGUGAAGUAGUUGAAGCUGUGAUAAUGAAAGAUCGAACAACUGGCCGUGCUCGUGGCUUCGGCUUUGUUGUAUUUGCCAAUGCUUCGGUUGCUGAUCGAGUUGUCAGGGAAAGGCACACGAUUGAUGGCAGAACUGUGGAGGCAAAGAAAGCCGUACCAAGAGACGACCAUCAAAACAUAAGCAGAAACAGCGGCAGCAGCAUCCAGGGCUCUCCGGGCCCGGCCCGCACAAGAAAGAUCUUCGUCGGAGGCUUAGCAUCCACCGUCAAAGAAACCGAAUUCAAGAAUUACUUCGACCAAUUCGGAACAAUAACAGACGUAGUUGUCAUGUACGACCACAACACUCAAAGGCCCAGAGGCUUCGGUUUCAUCACCUACGAAACCGAAGAGUCUGUCGACAAAGUCCUCUUCAAAACCUUCCACGAACUCAACGGGAAAAUGGUCGAAGUCAAACGGGCCGUACCAAAGGAGCUUUCACCAGGCCCCACACGAAGCCCGUCUGUCGGCUCGGGAUAUAAUAACUACGGUGGUCUGAACAGAGUUAGCAGCUUCCUUAACGCUGCUGCAUACAGUCAAGGGUACAAUUCGAGCUCACCAGGUGGCUAUGGCAUGAGAAUGGAAGGUCGAUUCAGCCCUGUGACAGCACUCGGUCGAAACGGAUAUCCACCUUACAGUCCCUCCAAUUAUAAUAAUAGCAUGGGUCUGAAUUUGGACUCAGGUUUCGGUUUAAACAACUAUGGCCAGAGUGGUGGAGAUUCUGGUUUGGGGUAUGGGCGCGGAGUGAACUCUUAUUACAGCGGAAAUGCAAACCGUUUUGUGGGGCCCACGCUGAAUGCCAACAAUCGGAACUUGUGGGCUAAUGGGAAUCUCGAUAAUUACGGAUCAAACUCGAUGGUUUCGAAUGCUUUUGUGGGGUCCGGAAAUGGGAACAAUGGGGGGCUGAUUGGUAAUUUCGGAGGCAUAGGUGAAAUUUGGGGUUCGUCUUCUGUUACAGGCGGCGGUGGAAAUAGUUCGUUGGGCGGUGGAAAUAGUGGAUAUGGUAUUGGGGAAAGCCAUUUUGUUGGGAGGGCCGACUAUGGUAGGAACAACGAGGGGCCAAUAUCGUCAUUUUCUGUUGGGAACAAUAUUCGUGAUGUGGGUUUGGGAAACUUAUACGGGAACGAAUCUUUUUACGAGGGCCAUGCAUGGCGUUCGUCUUCCCCUGAUAUUGAUGGUGGUGCCGCCGCCGCCGCCGCUGCUUCUUUUAACUACGGGCGUGGUGGUGCAGCUGCAGAUGCCGUCACACCUAAUAAUAAUUCUGUUGGCUAUGUUGGUGGUUAUAGUGUUAAUGCUAGGUCUAAUAGAGGAAUUGCAGCCUAGGAGAAUAUUAUUACCUUAUGGACGGAUACUCGUUUAAAGAUUAUUAUAGUAGGCGAUAUAUACAAGUGAAAAAAAUUCCCAACAUGGUGGAAAUAUUUCGAGCCCGGAAGAAGGUUUAUUGGAGAUAAUACCGUUUCUAGAGAAGAUCGUUUACCGACCGCGAGAGGAGUUUGCCAAAAUAACAAAAAAAAGAAAGAAAGAUUUUGUGUAAGGUUUGAAACUUGAGGUUUCAAUAUAGGCUUUUGAUUUUUCAUGUAAUUUGUUUGAGAUGUAAUAGGCCUCUAUUCUUUUUGUCUAGACUUCCUAUUAUUUUUCUGCUGUUCAAAAAAAAAAAAAUAUCUCCACUCUUUUGUCAGACUGAACACUACCAUUUUUAUUCACUUGGCUAAGCCGUGACACUUUUAAUUUACUCAAUUAAGUCCCUUUUGUUUAUGUUUUUUUGUGUUUCCCCCCCUUUGUUGUUGUAACAUUUAAGUUUGGUGAACAAUACAUUUUUAUUAUGUUUUU